CGGUGAGUUGGCAUAAUCCUAAUGAGAAACAUGCACCUACGAUGUCGCCGUUAAAUAAAUGACUUAAAAGCUGACAAAAUGCCUUGGAUGCUCGUCGCUGCAAUGCUAUGGGCCCUGCCGGCUCUUUGCACCGGACAAACAGGAGAAAUCCUCUCUCCAUCUGGCUACCAUCUAUGUAUGUACAAUCAGACCCGCACUGUGAGUUCCCUGGUCGUGCGAAAGGUUCCUUAUACUGUGACAAAGCCUUGUGGAGGCUGGCUUUCUUGGAUGACAUGUCCAGUGACACUUUACAGAAUAGUUCACCAAACUGAAUACAGCAUGGUGACAGUGCCGGUGACCAGAUGCUGCGAUGGUUACGUACAAGUUGGAAGCUACUGUGCCCUGUCUUUAAACCGGAGCGAGGAGUUCACAAUUAAACCUGGAUCUUGCCCAGCAGCAAAUGGAUCUUAUUCCAGUGGCGAUGACUGUGACUGGGACAUAGACUGUCCAGGCUGGGAAAAAUGCUGCGAGAAAUCAGGUCGCUUUCUCUGCAGUGGCGCUGCAAGUUCAGCUAAUUACGUGGAGAAUGGUGGAUGCCGUUUCAAUGCAACAGUGACCGUGAAGACAGAUUACCAGAAACUGAAAUCCAAAGAUGGAGCUCUUGUCAACCACACAAGAUUAGUCCAAGCAAUGGUAACUGGAGCGCUGCAGUCUGAUCUGCCAGUCUAUUACCUCUCCUCAUGGCCUGUGCAUCCAUAUAGAACUGCCACCUCAAUGCUGAUAGACUGCAUUGAUCUUUCACUGCACAACGUCACAGCCAAGCUCCACGUCCUCCUCAAACACAUACAGGAGGUGUCGGAUGUGACCGUGGAAGAUUUGAAUGAGUGUGCACAUCCUGCUCUUCAUCAGUGCUCUCCUCGGGCGCAAUGUAACAACACAGCAGGGUCCUACCAGUGCGCCUGCCGCACAGGCUAUAUUGAUGUUGACCCCAGCAACCCUGGAACUCAUUGCGCAGCACCAAAUGACAUCACCGUGUCAUCCACCACUGAGGCCCCAGCGUGUUGCCCUUUUUCUGCGAACUCAACUUUACUUCAGACCACAGUCAACAGCACCGUGCGUAGUUUCAUCGCUCCGAGGAACACACACACUGUCCCUUCUACAACUUUUGCUCCAACCACUUCAACUAAGGAGCCGCCUCUGCCAACAACCUCUAUUUCCCUUCCUGGCAUCAUCAACUUACAGUCUGCCAACAUCACUGGGACCUCUUUUUGUGUAUAUUGGUCCAGCCUAACCCCGACACAGCAGACUUACCUGGUGGUUCUCAGUGAAGGGUCAGACAUUAUUGACACGUGGACGACUGAGCAGACCAUGAUGGAAAUAAAGGAACUGCAGCCUGGGGUCUACUACAACGUCACUGUUAAGAUCCACUCAAACGAAAGCCAAGGAGAUGUCCUUUAUAUUGCACUAAAAACUGAAGCUCAAACUCUUGACGCCACUGCUCGAAUUACCAACAUCGCGUUCACUCCUGACCUGCAAAACGCCAGCAGCCGGGCCUACAAAAACCUCACUGCAAGCCUUAAAGAAGAGAUUUACCGCUCACUCAGCCCUGAGCUGAAGGCCAUGGUGAAUUCAAGUGAAGUGAGAAUCGAGAUUAGAAGCUUUUCUCCAGGUAGCGUGGUGGUCAACUUUACCAUGAUCUUCAGCCCCAGUCCAAGCCAGGACAUCACGACUACAUCAACAGCUCUGCUCUAUGCCCUGAUGAACAGCUCCCUAUACACUGUGGAUGAAAACAACACAAGCAUUAAUGAUUUUGAUGAAUGUGUUCCUGGAAUAAAUGACUGUUCCCAGUGGGCUACAUGUACAAACACCUGGGGCUCCUACUCAUGUACUUGUCUAGAUGGAUUUAUGGACACAAAUCCACAAAGACCUGGGAGAGCCUGUCAAGCUUCCUUGGAGACAACGUCAUUACCAUUGACUUCCACAUUAGUACUAGUUAGCACAUCAUCUCAAAUAACUACCUCAACUGAUCCAGCACCAGCUAUUGACACAACUGUAGAGUCAACCACAGCAAUCAACGCUCCUGCAAUUGCCGUCAAUAUCCUACCGGCAACCUCCCCUGCAAUCUCAGCCACCAAUAAUGCACCAACUAAUACCACUAAUACACCAACAAUAACAACCACCAUAGCACCGGCAACUACUACUUGUGCACCAGCAAUGAAUGCAUUGACAAUCACCACCACUGAAUCAACAACUGCAAUGGCACCCGCAUCCGCUUCACCAACAACCACUUCUAUUGCCUCAGUGACCACAACUCCUGCACUAACAACUUAUGUAGCAACAACCCUCUCCAAUGCAUCGGCCAUGAUUGCUUCCACAUCCGCUACACCAACAUCUAAUUCUAUUGCACUAACGGCCACAGCCAGUGAACCAACUACCACCAGUGCGCCAACAAGGAGCACUACUGCAUCAACUCCCACAACCAUUGAAUCAACUACCACCAGUCUACCAACAACAACCACUACUGCACCAGCAACAACCUCUCAUUCAAUGCCAACCACUACAACUGCCAUUGCCGAACACCCAGCCACCAAUGCUAUAAUGAGUUCAGUGCUGGAUGAUAUUUCAGUGGACUGCAAAGUCACUGGCAUCACAGUGACAGUCGCUAGAGACUUUCUAGUUAACAACAACAUCAGGGAGAGCACUCUGUACCUGGGCCAGCAGGAAUGCAGGAACACCGGGGGCAAUGUCAGCCAUGCUCAGCUGACUGUGGAGUGGAAUGACAUGAUGUGUGUCACAAAUUUUGUCCAAAAUGACACCUACUACAUGGCCUCUGUAACCCUGUUCAACACCAUGGAGCCAUACAAUACACCCAACGGAACACUGGAGGCACCCACAUUGCACCUGGAGGUUCCCAUUAUAUGCACGUACAUGAGGAGCAUGCUCAUGUCCCCUGACUUUGGCUCCAUGGGGUACAACCUGAUCAAAGAUGUGAUCACAGGCUCCGGGUUGUUCCAGGUGACGGUGCAGCUGUUGAAUGGUACUGUGCCUUUACCCUACAACUACACUUUAUCACCAGAGGAGGCUGUGGUGGUGCAGGUCAGCAUGAAUACAUCAGCAGACCAGAUCAAAGUGGUCAUCUCCUCGUGCUGGGCCACCCCCACUCCAAAUCCGGCUGACAAUGAACGCUACUUCUUCCUAGACAACAGAUGUGCCCUCAACACGUACACCGACGUGUUGAUGAACGGGAACUCCAGUACAUCUCGCGUGUCUGUGAGGAUAUUCUCCUUCGUCAGUGUCAAUUUGAUAUAUCUGCACUGCCAAGUUCAAAUUUGCAUGCAGAUAGGAUCUGACACCUGCGUUCCCGACUGUGUGCAAAGAACAGCUUGGUCUUCAAACACCAUAGGAAGAGCGUUUGGUUCUAGCGGGCCUUUGCUCAAGUCUGAGGAGGUGCCUCUGGAGGAUAUAAAUGAUCAAAUCCAUCUCAUUGGACUAUCCUGCCUUGGAGUUGCUCUGGUGCUCUUCUUAAUCCUUGGUUUCGCCUGCCUGUUCUACUAUCAAAGGAAUCGCAUUGGACAUUACAACUUCACUGUCAAACCGCAGAACUUCACCUCUAUUGACUUUCAGGCUUAAACCUCCAACUUCAGUUCUUCAUUCCGUUUGAAAAGCUUCACUUCAGGAAUUAUUUCACAGCUAAACUUUACAUUCAUAUGAAACACUAACAGAAUUCUGAGGGAUGGUGAACAUAUAGAAAAUGUUUUGUACAGUGAAAUAUUUUGUAGAUUAUAGAAAGUCUAUUUAUGACCUUGCAAAUGCUUUUUUAAAAACAUUCUAGAGCCCUCUAUACACGUAAUAACACCCCUACAGUCACCUGGUGUUACCCAAUAUAGUAGACAUAAUAACAAAAAAUAAGCCAAAUGAGACUCGUACUCGUGUGUGUUGCUGUAAAU